AUGGACGAUAAAGGAAUUGUUGAUUGUAUUGCAUUAUACGGCAUUGGUUCGGAUAUUGAAAGAGAUUUGGAUAAAAACGAGGGAGACUCUAGUUCAACAACAUCAAAAAAUCGCAGUAGUUCGUUGAAUGGUAAUGAUUUCACACCACAACAACCUAUUGUUGAUAUAGCGAUUAUUGAUCGAACACACGGAGAAGGAACACCAGCCGGCUACGAUAUUGUUUUGAAAACACAGACAAAUUUGUCAGCAAAUUUAAGUCAUGGUGGUUUAAGAAAUCAUGAAAUGUACAUUUGUUUUCGUCGAGGGCAAGAUAAACCGCCUAUUACAGAUAUUGGUGUACUAUUCGAAGGAGGAGAAAAAGUCAUGGAAAAUGUAUCAGUUAUUGAAACAACACCGCAUGGUUAUCCAGCGAAUCUAUGUAGUUCCAGUUUUACCAAAGAACGAACAUUAAUCACUUAUAGACGCUCAGCAUCAAAUAUUUUGUGUAAUACACUAGCUGUUACCGAUAUAUGUGUCAUCGUUGAAAGUAAGGGUGAGGUACCACCACAUUCCUUUAACAAAAUAAACAAAAAUCUCAAUCGUAGUAUGCUCGGUUCUCACAUCUAUUUAUGCUAUAAAAAAUCUGUCAUUUAUCCCAAACGUAUUAAAUACAAACCAAAAUUAUUGUUUUAUUAUCCAACAUCACAAGAAUAUCUCGAUAAAACAGCAAUGUUUUGUUUUCCAAUGGGUGCCUAUAUUGAACAGUGGCCAAAAAAAGUCACUACAAUGGCACCAACAUUUUCAACCUUUUUAUUUAAUUCUGAAAAAUCUAAAAUAUACGGUGCUUGUGUAUCCUAUUAUGAACAAUAUAUAUCUCAUCAAAAUUUAACAAAAUAUGAAUUAGAAAAGCAGUUGGAGUAUGUGAAUAGUGAUCAACAACAAUUAUAUGUUUCAUCAUGCAUCGUUCUAUUUUCACCUUAUGCGUUUUUUGAUACAUUUCGACGUUUUUUAUUCAUAAUCUAUCAUCUUAUAUUAACAUCAAAUAUACUCACAUGUAUGAUGCCACAAGAAGCGCAUCUGAGAGAACAAUAUUUAUUCAAUAGAUCAUCAUUACUCAAACAAUAUCUUAAACAUUUCUUCCACGAUAUACCAUAUCCAUCGCCAUCGGCACCAAGAAUAUUUGUACAAUAUGAAGAACCACUAUUAAUCAUGUUGCCAGAAGAAAACGGACUACCACAAAACGGAGCUUCAUUUCUAGAUUUGUUAAAAAAUUUAGGAACAGAUAAUACAUUGACACUAUUUUUAUACGCAUUAUUGGAAUCAAAAUUAUUAAUCCAUUCUCUAAGAUCAUCAGUAUUAACGGGUGUUGUUGAGGCUGUUAAUAGCAUGUUAUUUCCAUUUCAAUGGCAGUGUCCUUCCAUUCCUUUGUGUCCGUUGGCUUUAAGUGGUUUCCUUGGUGCUCCGCUUCCAUUCCUUAUUGGUAUAGAUUCAAGAUACUUUGACAUAUGUGAACCACCAUCCGAUGUCAUCUGUGUGGAUCUGGAUACCAAUUCAAUCAUUGGAGGUAAUGAUGAGCAAAAAACUUGGAAUGUAAAAAUGUUUCCAAAAAAACCGUACAAAUUAUUACGACAGUCUUUGGAAGAAAUUAAAAAACAUUUAUUACAUGAAUAUCAUCAACGACUCUAUGAAUUACGUUCACGUCUAAAAAGUAAUCGUAAUGAUUUUGAAAUACGUAUACAAAUGCUACAAAUGGAGCGAACUAUUGAAAAUCGUAUUCGAGAAGUAUUUCUUCAAUUCAUGUGUGCACUAUUGUAUGGUUAUAAUAAACAUUUGAAUCCUAUUCCAGGUCGUCCAAAUGAAUUGUCAACUGAUGCAAGCGUACGAUUUCAAUUUGAUACAUUUUUACAUACACGAGAUUCAUCUUAUCGACAAUUUUAUAAUUAUUUACUAAAGACACAAAUGUUUAUACGUUUUAUUGAACAAUGCUCUGGUUUAUCAUCAGCACUUACGUCGCCAUCAAUGAACACCAUAAAUACAAAUUUCUACGAUAAUAAUUAUUGUCUGGCAUUUUUUGACGAUUGUUGUGCGAAAAUCAAGCAAAGUAUUGAAAGUAAUAACAUGAUAUUAUCCGAACAACCACGUUUACUAGACAUAAAUAAUUCAACAGCAUUUUUGAACGAUAAAACUGUUUUGAUAUUACCGGAAUUUCUUGAACAUAAUUAUUUGUUGACAAAUGGUACAAGCGAAAAUCAUUCCUCAGAUACGCUUGAAACGCAACGAAUAUUAUCAAAUCAAAGAUCUAUAAUUCAAACUGACAUACCACCAUUGAAUACAUCAACAUUAGCAUCAAGAACAGCAUUGGCACCACCAAUUAGUCAUCAACAACAACAACAGCAAGCGUUCUCAACGCCAUUGAAAAUAAUGCCUAACAGUCCAAUGGUGAAACGUUCAAAACUUGAACGCGAUAAAUGUCAGAAAUUAUGUGGUCUCUACGAUUAUCCUGUGCUUGCUGUCAAAACGUUUUCAUUUAUGAAACUUACAGGAAUUGAAUGGAAUGCGAUAACCUAUGGUGCCUACAAUAGAGCAGUUUAUGAAGGAACGUGGCCACGUCACGAUCGUUGGGCAACAUUGAGAAAUGUUGUUCGUGCUGUAUGGGCCUUUAAAAAUGCACAUUAUUUGAUGAAUGAUAAAAAACACCAGCGAACACGUCAUCAUGACACAACGUCGUUUGAUAUGAGUGCAUCAGACGAUUCAGAUGGAUGUAGUAUUGAUUCUGUGCCAUUGGUUAAUGAUAAUACAAAUCGGAUUGAGUCGAAUGAGAAUUUGAAAGAAAACCGUUCUAAUCGAGGUGGUUUUUCAAAUACAAAUACGGCAACAGUGCAAGACGAUACUUUUACAAAUGUUUUUUCGACAAGCAGUCACAUCAUAUCAACUUUAGCGGGUACAAUACGUGAAAUCACAGAAAGCCCUUAUUUUCCUAAAAUGUCAUUUAAAAACCGCCCAUCAUUUGAUCUUUAUAUAUCAUCUUCCGAUUCAAAAGUGUCAAAUAGUAACAACAAUCAAACUCGUUCACAAGCUGGUAUAUUGAUGACAUCAAGUCCAAUCGAAAUUGGAGAUUUGGGAAUGUUGUCCUAUCGUUUAUCGGGACGCCAUAUUCAACAGUCUUUGAAUUCGCGAUUAACUCACCUUCGACGUUCAGUUUCGUGCAUAACAUCAAUGUCUCCAUUAAAAUUGAAAAUCGUUAAUAGUAUUCAACCGAUAAUGAUGAAUGAUGAUGAUACAACAGCGACAAAUGCGUCAAUGAAAUGGGAAUUAGCUUCACUCCAGCAAGCGCCCACAAAUGAUCCACUCGGUUUACUCAAUUUAUCUGCAUCGCAAUCACCAUGUCGUAUUAUAUCUGACACUGAUCGAUCAUCUAAUUCAAGAACAGCACUACAACCAGUCAAAUUAUUUGCUCAUGAAACAUUUCAAACAACACAAAAUGAUAUUGCACAGACGAAACAAUCAAUUAAUUCUGAUCUAUUAGCAACUACAACAGCAAUGGAUGAUGAUGUAUCACUACCAUUAAAGAUACCCACAUCAAUAACACAACUAUAUGCAAAACUGAAUCAGAGUGGAUUGUCAGCAUUGUAUAGUCCGAAAAGUAUCAAAUCGAUUCGAUCAUAUGCGUUUGGUCGUCUGAAUGAUUUGAAAUCAAGUGUCAGAGUAAUGGCUACCACGCCAUCAACAUCGACUGGAACAUUAACAACAAAUACAGUCUCAACAACAACGACUAAUAUUUCCACUUCAUCUCAAAGAUCAAUGCCACAAUCGGCAAGUCUCUAUACAUUUAAAAAUAACAAAGAGAUUUAUAAUAACAGUUGCAGUAGUGGAAAAAUAAGAGAAAGUUUAUCAUCGCUUCUAUCUCAGCAAAAUUUCAAUAAUACAACGGCAUUUAGCAAUUGUAAUGAUGCAACGAACAGUAAUAAUUGUGGUGAUAUAAUAAGCAAUAAUACUAGUUUUACAGAAUCCAAUGCACUACACGAUGAAAUUAAAUCACUUCGAAUUGAUCCAGCUUCUGUUGGUAUACCAGUUGUUGAAAACAAUGAUGCUGAUAAUGAAAUAAAGAUACAUGUUGAAAUAAGUAGUUGUAAUAGGUGUUCAUCAUGCUCACAAUUUCUCUAUGACGAAGAAAUUAUGGCUGCUUGGUCUAGCGAUGAUUCGGAAUUACAUACAGUAUGUGCACAUUGUGGAGUUAAAAUUAUACCGAAAUUAAGUAUUAUUGUUAAAGACACGAGACUGUCAGCGGCGAACAACGUUGAAAAUAACCAAAUGUCAUCUACUCAAAUUCUCGAAAAUGGAUCAUCACUUAAUUCUCCGAAUACACCUACAAACACAACAUCAAUCGCAGAAAAAGUGAAAGAGUCGUUUCGACUUCGUUCAUCGACACCAAUUACUGUUCAUUAUUUGAGUCCAUUAGUACUUCGAAAAGAACUUGAAAAUGUUCUUGAUUCAACAGAUCAUAACAAUAUUUUAUAUCAAAUGGAUUUUAUGGACAAACAUCCAAUAUUAUUUUGGAAUUUGAUAUGGUUUUUCAAUCGUAUUCAAGUAUCGAGUCAUUUGAUUUAUAUGUUACUUUAUUCACGCGAUGAACAACAACAAAAUAUUUCUAUUUAUAAUUCUAAACCAGAAGAAUGUGUUCGUAUACGGUGUAUGUGGGAUAGUUUAAUUAGUUAUGAUGAUAUUGCUGAACCAUUGUAUAAAACAUGGGAACAUGAUGGAUCUGAUAAUAGUUAUACAUCAAUGAAAAAUGCAUUAAUUACUGAUGAAUAUAUUACAGUAACAGGAAAUGUACGAAUGAUGUCCUAUCGAGUUAUGCAAUCAAUUAUUUCUUGUAUAGAAAAUAAUGAUUUAUACAAUCCAGUACGUUUAUUUAUUAAAGAGACGUCAAAAUCGAUACGUCGUCGACUAAGAAGACGUUCAAUGUAUAGAGAAAUAUUAUUUUUAGCCAGUAUUGCUCUUGGAAGAGAAAAACUUUCAUAUGAUGCGUUUGAUCGUGAAUAUAAUAUCGUCUUUGAUCGAUUGACAAAUAAACAACUAGCAUUGAUAAACGACUAUGAUAAAGCACCGACAUUAUCGGCUGUUAUGUGUCGAUUGACGUGUAAUGAGCAAAACUUUAUUACGAAGUCAGGUUUUCAACGUUUUGCUUCAAAAUAUGGAUUUAUUGUGGCUAAUCCUGAUACGAGUCCACGUGGAUGUAAUAUUGAAGGCGACAAGGAUGCAUGGAAUUUUGGCGAGGGUGCUGGAUAUUAUGUUGAUGCUACCGAACCAAAAUGGGCAAAAAAUUAUCAAAUGUUUUCCUAUAUAAAUGAUGAAUUUUUUGAAUUAAUAGUUAAAAAUUUUAAUGUGGAUGUCAAUCGUAUUGGAAUAUUUGGUCAUUCGAUGGGUGGACAUGGUGCAUUGAUCAGUUUUUUUAAACGUCCAGCACAAUAUAGAUCGGUGUCCGUGUUUGCUCCUAUUAGUAAUAUGUCCAAAUGCGACUGGGGUAUUAAUGCGUUUACCAAAUUUUUUGGAAAAGAUGAAAAACUUUGGGUACAAUAUGAUGCUACUGAAGCCGUUCAUAAUUAUCAUGGACCGUUACCACAUUCACCCAUACUGAUUGAUCAAGGUGUAGAUGAUGAAUGGCUUAAAAAAGGGCAAUUAUUACUUGACAAUUUUGUUAACGCCUGUUCAAAAGCAUCAAUGCCAAUUCAAUAUCGAGAACAAGCCGGUCAUGGUCAUGGUUACUAUUUUAUUAUGACAUUUAUCGAAGAUCAUUUUAAAUAUCAUAAACAGGAAUUUGACCAUGUUAAAUGA